AACGCGACCCUCCGUAUCGUAGUCCCGCGCUCUCCGCGUUUCCUGGCGACCUGCGGGCCUCGGGCUCCGCAGAGGAUGGGCCCUCCUCUGGACGUGUGGGACUUCUCCUCGCCUUUGCUGUCGCUAUGGAUGAACAGGUUCUACAUCUAUCUGGGCUGUGCUCUGGGAGUGACCCUCUGGGUCUGUGUCCAGAUCAUCAUCAAGAAACAGGUCACUCGCUCCCAGGAGAAAAGUGUCCCAGGCACUCUGGACAGCGCCCUCCCACUUAAGAAGAAGCAGACACAUGUGUGUGGAGUGAAGAUUUUCUAUGGAUCACAGACAGGUACUGCCAAGGGAUUUGCAGCGAUUCUUGCCAAGGCAGUCACCUCUCUGGACCUGCCUGUAGCUGUUAUUAAUCUGAAGGAGUAUGACCCCGACGACAGCCUGAUUGGAGAGAUCACUAAUAAACAUGUGUGCGUCUUCCUGGUUGCUACGUACACGGACGGCCGCCCUACAGAGAGUGCAGAGUGGUUUUGCAAGUGGUUAGAGGAAGCGGCUAAUGAUUUCCGCUUUGGCAAAACCUACCUGAAGGGUCUGAGGUAUGCAGUGUUCGGCCUGGGAGACUCUGCCUACCGGAGCUACUUCAACAAGGUCAGCACAAAUGUUGAUAAAUGGCUCUGGAUGCUCGGUGCCCAGCGGAUGAUGACCCGAGGGGUGGGCGACUUCAACGCAGCUCAGAGCAAACAUGGCAGCAUCGAGGCCGACUUCACAUCCUGGAAGACCAAAUUCAUCUCCCGGCUGCAGGCCCUGCAGAGAGGGGAGAAAAAGGCCUGCAGCAAAGACUGCAAGAGAGGGAAAUGCGAAUCAGCGCAGCCCGGCCCAGGAGAGAGGCAGCCUCACCUGCAAGGUGGAUUGCAGCCUAGGGAUGCUGAGGAAGAGGAGCCCUGCGAGAGCAGCAGUGAGGACGAGUCUGGGGCCCAGGAUUCUCAGAGCCUGAAUUCCGUGGUCGACGUCGAGGACCUGGGCAACAUCAUGAACCCCACGAAGAAGGAAAAGAGAGAAAAGGCUCCCCAGGGGCAGGAAGCUGUGGUGCAGAGGAACACGGAGAAGAAAGAGGGCAGCGAAGGAAGGCCUAUGAUAACGCCCGCUCUGCGAGAGGCCCUAACGAAACAAGGGUACCAGUUGAUUGGCAGCCACUCUGGUGUGAAGCUUUGCAGGUGGACAAAGUCGAUGCUGCGGGGCAGAGGAGGCUGCUACAAACACACAUUCUACGGCAUUGAGAGCCACCGCUGCAUGGAAGCCACCCCGAGCUUGGCGUGUGCGAACAAAUGCAUCUUCUGCUGGCGGCACCACACCAAUCCUGUGGGCACCGAGUGGCGGUGGAAGAUGGACCAGCCAGAACUCAUCUUGAAGGAAGCUGUGGAGAACCACCGGCACAUGAUUAAACAGUUCAAAGGCGUGCCAGGGCUCAAGGCAGAGCGAUUUGCGGAGGGGAUGGAAGUCAAGCACUGUGCACUGUCGCUCGUGGGCGAGCCGAUCAUGUACCCAGAGAUCAACAGGCUUCUGAAGCUGCUCCACCAGCAGGGCAUCUCCAGUUUCCUCGUGACCAACGCGCAGUUCCCUGAGGAAAUCAGGAACCUCAUACCAGUCACUCAGCUGUACGUGAGCGUGGACGCUAGCACCAAAGACAGCCUGAAGAAGAUUGACCGGCCGCUCUUCAAGGAUUUCUGGCAGCGGUUCCUAGAUAGUUUGAAAGCCUUAGCUGCAAAGCAACAACGAACAGUCUACAGACUGACACUUGUCAAGUGUUGGAACGUGGAUGAACUUCAGGCCUACGCUGAGCUGGUGUCCUUGGGGAACCCCGACUUCAUAGAGGUCAAGGGCGUGACCUACUGUGGCGAGAGUGCAGCCAGCAGCCUCACCAUGGCCAAUGUGCCCUGGCAUGAGGAAGUUGUCCGGUUUGUCCACGAGCUGGUGGAUCUGCUUCCUGACUAUGAAAUCGCAUGUGAACAUGAGCACUCCAACUGCCUCCUGAUUGGACACAAAAAGUUUAAGAUUGAUGGAGAGUGGUGGACGUGGAUCGAUUACGGCCGCUUCCAGGAGCUCGUCCUACAGCACGAAGAGAGUGGAGGCUCAAAGACGUUCAGCGCCAGCGACUACAUGGCCAGAACCCCGCAGUGGGCACUGUUCGGUGCCAGGGAAAGAGGCUUUGAUCCCAAAGACACGAGAUACCAGAGGAAGAACAAAACGAAGGACAUUUCCGGAUGUUGAGCUUAUCUGAGUUAAAAAUCUCCAAAGAUAAAAGCUGCCUGGCUCCACAGGGUCCUCAAGCCCCAUCACAGUCCCCAGGGCCAAACUUCAGAGCCGUGUCUCACAGAGACUGACACCACCAGCCAAC